AUGGAGUCCAGCGGCGUGUGCCGUGUUCAAGACGUGCUGUCUCCCGUUCUGCGUCGCCUGCUACCCUCAAGUUCACUGCGCCGUUUCCUGUCGUCGAAGGGACAUCGCAACGGUCGACGCUCUAUGUGGGGGUUCUCGCUCAACAUGACGCUCGCCAUCGCCAUCAUCGCGCUUCUGCCGCUUCUGCUCGGCGUCAGAGCAGACGAGGUUCAUCUGUCGAAUCGCGCUAUCGCGUAUCAAAUCUGGCCCGGAGGCGGCGGCGCGUUUAACCCGGGAGGUGACAGCGGAGGGGGAACCGGCAGCGGAGGGGGAACCAGCAGCGGAGGGGGAACCAGCAGCGGAGGGGGAACCAGCAGCGGAGGGGGAAGCAGCAGCGGAGGGGGAAGCGGCAGCGGAGGCGGAAGCGGCCGCGGAGCUUUCCCGGGUGGUGGUGGCACUGGGAGCGACGGUAACUUCUUCCCGUCCCCCCAGUCCCCUUCCGGUGGCGGUUCCCCUAGCAAACCUCCCUCGCCCUCAUCUCCUCCCUCCUCCAGCAGCCCCCCGAAAUCCUCCUCUCCGCCCGUGCAAUCGUCUCCCCCGGCCGACCAGUCUCCGCCUACCUCGUCUUCGUCUUCCCCUCCCGUUAAUCGAUUCAAGACAGGUCCCCCAUUUGGACCGCCUAAGGCUCCAGAUUUCCAGGCGCCCCAGUCACCGCCGUGGCAGUUCCCGCCUGUCGGAUCCCCGCCAAUCCCACAGUCCCCGCCCAAGCAGUCCCCGCAGUCUCCGCCCAAGCAGUCUCCGCCCAAGCAGUCCCCGCCCAAGCAGUCCCCGCCCCAGCAGUCCCCGCCCCAGCAAUCCCCGCCCCAGCAGUCCCCGCCCAUUCAGUCCCCUCCCAAACAGUCCCCGCCCAAGGAAUCCCCGCCCAACUCUCCGCCCUUUUAUCAAUCCCCUCCCAACUCCCCACCCGAUUGGUCGUCCCCUCCUUAUUCGCCUCCGUUUUCCCCUUCACCCUCCUUGUCCCCGCCCCGAGCUUCCCCCCCCAAGAAGUAUACAAACUCGUCUCCUCACGCUCAACCUCCACCCUCUCUCUUCCCCGCACCAUUCCCGCCGUCCUCGAAUGCUCCUCCUCCCACCUUUGCUGAGCCCCCUUCAGCUUUCCCUCCUGACGCACCCCCUCCGGAAUUUCCGCCUCCUUUACUUAGCCCUCCGCCGCCAAAGCCCCGAUUGAGUCCCCCCCCGCCCCCACCGAGCCCGUCUCCGCCUCCGCCAGUCCCCCCACCUGCGCCUGCGCCUGUUCCCGCGCCCGCGCCUGCGCCAUCGGAACUCGUCGAUGCCCCCGCGCCAGAGCCUGCCGCUCCGCCUCCGCUUUUCUUUCCACCGCCUGUGCCCCUUAGCCCGCCCCCGCAUCCCCCGCCAACCCCGCCUCCUGUGCCGCCCAAGGCCCCCUCUCCGCCACUCUCGCCUGGCUCCCUCUUCCCCAAUUCGUCUGUCGCGCCGCCUGUGUACUUUCCCCCUUCUCCGAAGCCCCCCCCGCCCCCCCCAGCGCAGCCCCCGUCCCCUCCACCUUUUGGUCCGUCUCCACCGCCCCCUCCUGCGCCUCCCCCACCGCCGCCUAUUAUCAUUCUGCCCUCUGAUGAUGGAUCAACAACGGGGACCAGCAGCGGGGGGAUGAGCACUGCUGCUCUGGCAGGAACGAUCAUUGGAGUGGUGCUCGGUGUGCCGUUGCUGGCUGGAGGCGUCUGGAUGGGAGUGCAAUGGAUGCAAACUUCUCAUGCAGCGGCUGCUGUCAAAACUGCAGCACCGGGGGGAGGAUAG